CGGCGGAUCUGAAGGUUCUUUCCAUCUCCGUUUAAUUGUUUUCUCUAAAUCUGUUCUCUACUUCUCAUUCCCUCGGGGAAAAAAAGGUUCUCCCGGCUGGAUUCGGUGGCAGCUCGAUGCUACAAACGUCAUGGAGAGGGAAGCUAAAAAGGAAGCUUUCAGGAAGUAUUUGGAGUCGAGUGGUGUGCUGGAUGCUCUCACUAAAGUUCUUGUUGCACUUUAUGAAGAAAAGGACAAGCCUUCUUCUGCCUUAGAGUUUGUCCAACAAAAGUUAGGUGGCCCAUGGAUUUCUGAUUACAAAAAGCUACAAGCUGAGAAGUCAGAGUUGCAAAUGAAGUAUGACGAGCUGGUAGAAGCUCACAGAGAAACAUGUAGACAGCUCGAGGAGCUACAGAACUUGAAGAUGUCAACACACAAGGACUUCGCGGAUGGAGAUAAAACUAAAGAUGGAUUGUGAAGGACUACCAGGAAUUUAUUACAUGCUCGUUCUAACAAAUGCUACAAUUUGUUUGUCAGAGCUUUUUUAUGCAACAUAUCACAGGAAAUUAAAGAACUCACUAAGUGUAUAUGUAUGCAAAAUAUUGUUCAGCAGUUAUUCUUACACUUUCCUGUUUGUGAAAAGCUAUUAAUUUUGCUAGUAAUGAAUGAUACGGGCAUUCCCUUCAAUGUUA